CCUGUUGUGGAUUUUCAACACUAUUCUUUGUUUCUCCAGUGUACAUACAUUGUAAUAUAUAUUGUAUCCAAUGGUGCAGAAAAUAAAAUAACAAAGUUGAUGCAAAACUUGGAAUUACAGCGUGUUACGCUGUAGCAACAUAAUAAUCAAAUGCCUUCAGUGAGAGAUAAUGGUAAAAUAUCUGAGUAAAGCAGGGCUCUAGCACCUGCUACAUGGACGUGAAUGAAAUCAAGUUGUGUAUUUAGUUACCUGCUAUGAUGUGUUAUCUUGGUCUCUCUUCCUCCAAAAACAAAGGGAGAAGGAUGUGGUCACAGGUUCAGUCCUGUACAGGUCCAUCAUGAGAAGCUGGAACUUCUCUUUACCUUUUCUUUUUAACAUGUGCUGGAUUUUAUUGCCUACACUGAUCCCCUCUAUGCAACUACACAGUAUAAUGGGUGUGUCUGGAAGGGAGGGAGGUUGAAGCUUGAGAAGGCUAAAGAACAUUAUCUUGCCCGUUUGAAACAAGAGUGGGCAGAACAAGCUGAACUUGCAAGUAAGGCACCUGAUAACGGUUUUGAUGCGAAUGAAGACAUAGCCUCUUCUAACAAGCCUAAGAAAGACCUUAAUUUAGAAACAAAGCAACUUCGGAUUUACUUUCCCAGCUUAAGAAAGGUGAAAGUAUUGCCAUUAAGUGGAAGUGGCAAACACAAAUACAGUUUCCGAAAUGUUGAGGUUCCUCCUCUCCCAAUUCAUUUCUGUGAUUGUGAAGAGCAUUCUAUUGAUCCUCACCCUGCAAAAGAAAAACAAACUAAUGAUCUAGAAGCACAAAGUGGGGGCAUGAAUGAGGAAGAGAUUAACAUAAUGAAUUCAGUGAUGAACAAGCUCUUUGAAAGGGAAAAAGUAUCGGAUGCUGCACAUAGUGGAAAUGGACAGGCCAAGGAAAGAGAUAAUUCUGCCAAAUUGAUUUCUGGCUUGCAAUUUGAUGAGACUGAAGCAGACUCUGAAUCGGAUGAAGAUAAUCUCAUAAUUAAUGUGGUGAAAAGGAAAAACAAUAGAAUAGAUUUGUUAGGUGUCCAGGAAAAGGAGCAAAUUUCUGAAAAUCAGGACUUCAGUGGCAAGCGAACUUCCAAGGAUGGGCAAAAUCAGAAUGCGCUCAAAGAGCAGAAAAGGAAUACUGUACCUCCUAACAAGAAGAGGAAAUCACUCAAUCAAGAAAGUGAUGAAAAUGGAUCUCUCUCUGCUAUCACUAGAGGCAAGGGGAAGUUAAAAACCCAUUCAGAUGAAUCAGCUGUAUUGGGAGCUCAACUGGCUGAACCAGAAUCUGGUAUCCAACAAUCAGCUCCUGUUGUUUCUUGGUCUCAGAAGUCUUCAUGGAGAGCUCUUGUUGGUGAUAAGAGCAACACUUCAUUCAGCGUCUCACAUAUCUUGCCAGGCAUUGACUCUAGCAAGGAACAGCAACCAAAAUUUGAUGGUUCAUCUGUGCCUGACUCCACUGUCAGCAAAAAUGACAACUUAGUAAGGCAUGGAGAUCACUUGGAAAGUCAUUCAAGUGAAACAAUUAAAGAGGUCACAGAAACUCAGCCUGCCAAACCUAGUGCAGCUUCAACUAAUUCUGGCAAGAGGUGCUGCUUGGCUCCAGAAAUCCUCUUGGACACAAUUGAUUAGUGAGAAUAACAAUAGUUCAUUUAGCCUUGAACAACUUUUGCCUGGUAUUUCUUAUGAAAAGCAAGUGCAAGCAAAGCCCAAUAGUGUGGACAUUGUUGAUUCCACCAAUGGUGAGCACAGUGAUUUAAGGAAAGAUGAUAAUAGUGAAUUGCCUGGAAAUGGAUCUACUAUUUUGGUAACUGGAAAGGAUGUUAGGAGUACUCCACAGAGACAUCAGCAGACUGUUGUGGGUAAUAAUGAGGCCCCUGCUACAAUAUUUGAGAGAAAACAUGAUUCAGCACCAAAGCUAACAUCUACUAGAAAUGUUAUAAUUGGUGAAACUUGUUCUUUUAUGAGAAGUGCUGCUUCUCUGAAAGAGUGGUCAAAAGCUAAGGCUGCUUUAAGUGGAUCACUCAAGAGAAAAAGUGGUGAGAAAUAGAUGCUUUCAGUGUGUUUGGAGUUAGGUUUUAAGUAUAAGGUGUUUGACAUUGCCAUCAAAUUUAAGAGCACUGUCCUAACUUUUGCUUAAUUUUGGGGUUUUACUCUGGAUCAGGCCUCUUUGUAUGUACUUUUGUUUCAUUUUCUAUCUGUUUUGUUAUGGUGCAGAAAGGAAGUAUAUUUACUAUAUUAUGUUCUGAGUGUUCACGUGAUGUUACUUAAAGGAGACAGCUGAGAAGCAUUUCAAGGAAUUCUCUCUUUCUUGUACUUGUAAUUUUCUUGUUAUCAUUAGGGGUGAAAAAUUUAAAAAGAGAAGUAUUCUAUUGUUCUAUAAA